AGAAAACUGACCUCUCUUGGUUGAUAUUAAAUUCUAUUCUCGUGGUCACCUUGUGGUGUCGCUGUUGAGGCGCGAAGACGUUACAAUAACAAGCUGCAAUGGCGGCGUCCUGCACGUGGAAAUCGUGUGAAGAAGCCGGGAAAGAAAAAGCUGUUAUUGUGAAGUUUUCCAAUGGACAGGUAAAAAACGCAGAUCAGCUGAACUUCCGGCUCUUCAAGCACUGUGAUGAGGAAAACCCAAGAAAGAAAAGCAGGCGCAUCGUGGUAGGAGAAUCUGAUCGGCUGUCGUACGUCGGGAGCAACUUUGGCCCAGGCUCCUUACAGUGCAACACCUUGUGCAAUUAUUUCGUUGGCAUCUUGGACAAAACUACCAUGCAAAUGAAGGUGCAGAGUGCUCAGCUUUUCAACCUGCAGCCCAUCAUACCAGGCGAAACAGCAAAAAAUUCAGAGGAAAAUGAGAGCAAGACCUACAGAGAGAAGCUGGAUGAUCUCAUCGAGGCUUUCGGCACGACGAAGCAGAAGCGUGCGCUGAGCUCGAGAAGGAUGAACGAGGUCGGCAAUGACACGCUGCAGAAAGCUGUGGCUCGCGCCGCCGGCGACGUCAUAGACCAGAAAGGACUGGAAGCCUUACAGCAGGAAGUAGCAGAUUCACAGGCUCUGUCCGAAUCCACGCUCUUCCUCCCUCCCUGCAACAAGGACGCAACUAAUCGUGAGGACGUUUACCCCUUUGAUGGCUUGCUGUCUCCAGUCGAGUUUAACCUGCUCCAGCAGCUUGGAGAGAAAAUGGCAGGACUUGCUUCUGAAGACCAGACGGACAAAGAAGACUUCUUACCCAAGACUGUGGAGGAGAUUUUGAAAAGCCUUCCCAAAGAGGGGGAAGCUCGAGACAGACAAGCGCGCUGUGCCUGGUACCUGUCUUACCUCAUCAGACUUGCGCAAACUAAAAAACUGGACCGCAAGUUUGGCAAGAACGAAUGUCCACAGGUUAUCUUCAGGAAAGUACAGAGGAGCUUCACGGUGGAGAGUUUCGAUAAAGGAAGAUUGAGGAGUACAGUGACGGCUACGACAGUCACCAAGAUCGCGUCCCACUGCCUUGCUCUGCUGCUUCAUAUCGCAGACCAGAAAGUCGACCUCACACUCUUGCACAGAGACCUGUGUAUCAGUGAAACCAAGAUGCUGGAGGUGGCAAAGGCCAUGGGGCUCACGCUUUCCCGCCAGUCCAUCCACAGCUGGGAUGAGUCAGGGCUACAGGAUGACCACAGGAUGGCCUCCCUGCAGCUCCCACUUGUACGAUGCGAACGCCGAUUGGAGAGAAGAAAACGCAAGAAGAUGAAAUGAAUGGAAUGAACCAGUUGUACAUUUCAUACAGCAGUUGGUUGUUAAGUCAAUAGCAGCACAAAUUCAAUUGCUUUCACUUACUAUUAAAGAAACAAACUUAUAAAGAUAUGUCAGUUAACAAGAAGUUAAGGGUUUGUCUAUUAGCAAAAAAAUAAGCACAGUUCCUUCAAAUUAUGUAGUCUGAUGACUCUAUUCACACUUCCGGUAAAUGUUCAGAAGGUUUUAGUGAGCGAUCGUAGGAGUGCAAAUCUGUCUGUUUGAUGAGUUUUCCUGUAACUAGAACAUUUUUCACAAGCACCAGAUAAAAUACCCGACAAGGCAGCUGCAACCUCAAUACACGCAGCUCAUUAGAACAAGAGCCAAAUGUCAUUAUAGAGCUCAUUUCCCGAAAGGACCAUGGAGCAUCUGUUUCCAGGAAAGCGACGACUUGACCAGAUUGAAUUAUUCAUUCCGUGUUGUUCUGUCUGUAUAUGCAAAUAUGAACGAUUAUUAUUGAUAGAAAAUGAUUUGGAAAGAGUGUUCAGGGUUGGGGUUCAGAUCAUUAUUACAGAUGUAUGCUCUUCUACACUCACUUCCAGUUCUGUAUUUUUUUUAUGAAAGUGAACUUGUUGCCACAAAUCACUAUGUUGGCAGAAACCCAACAGUGCUUAUGUAUUGAAGAUUUGACCCAAUUGUGUUGCUAGUGUGUUUGUAACACUUGGCUCAAAUUUGGUCAGAAUGUUCCUUAGACACUCCUCAGUGUGCCAAAUUUAGUCAUUUUCUUUAUAGAUGGUUCUAUGGCUUGCCAUAGACAAGCGGUGUCCAAUCUUAUCCACAAAGGUUUUCAUUCCAACCAAGCAGAAGCCACACCUGAUUCCACCUGUUUAAUCAGUUGUUCUUGGCUUUUAGUAGACUCUGGUGCGGCUUCUGCUUGGUUGGAAUGAAAACCUGCACCCACACCGGCCCUUUGUGGAUAGGAUUGGACACCGCUGCCAUAGAUAUUCUAGCCAGAAGAAGAAGAACCACCUUUGGCGCUUGGCCCCCUACCAACACUAAAUGAAACAAUUUGUGGCAGUUGAAAGUCUUAAUCAAUGCUAUAUUCAUAUUAUUUGUUCCACAUUUCCCGUGACAAAAUAAAUAGAAAUCAGAAAUCUA